CCUGGCAACCCAGAAAUUUUCUCCUACGUAGGGGAGGGUUUCUGACUUGAUACUAUCAGUAAUAGUAAUUUAAGAAACCGGUGUUUUUGCUCAGUAGCUACUGCAUUUUCUUGUGGUUAAAGUUGAUGGGAUAUCAUAUCUUCCUGCCCAUACUAAGAGCUCAGGACUUCUGAUUAACCACUACUCAAGCUAGCAAGCUCCAUCAGCUUCCCUCAGACUUCCAUCCAGACGAAUAAUGUAGUUAGUGAAAUAAACGUGCUCCUUUGUCCUGUAUAGAUCCAGGUUCUGUGUCCAGCUAGUCAUGCAAGCGUCCCGCUCUGCACACGUGGCCGGCAUGGAGAAUAACAGUACAGCUGCAGGAGACUCCAGUAAUGAAACCAAAACACACUUCCGGGUGUGUCGCUUCAUCAUCGAGACGGGAGUGAAGUUGGGUAUGCGGUCUGUUCCUGUAGCCACCGCAUGUUCACUCUACCACAAGUUCUUCCAGACUGCCAGUUUACAGGUCUACGAGCCAUACUUAGUGGCCAUGUCCUGCAUUUACCUUUCGGGCAAAGUUGAAGAACAGCAUCUCAGGACAAGAGACAUUAUCAAUGUCUGUCACAGAUAUUUCCGCCCAGGAAGUGAUCCACUGGAGCUGGAUGAGAAGUUCUGGGAGCUGCGAGAUAGUGUGGUACAGUGUGAACUCCUCAUUCUCAGACAGCUCAACUUCCAUGUGUCUUUUGAGCAUCCUCAUAAGUACCUUCUGCACUACCUACUGUCCGUGCGGAGUUUGCUGAACCGUCACGCUUGGGCUCGGACCCCCAUUGCUGAAACAGCCUGGGCCCUGCUCAAAGACAGUUACCAUGGACCGGUGUGUGUGCGCCAUCAGCCUCAGCACCUCGCACUAACAGCAGUCUACCUUGCUCUGCACACUUACGGAGUCCAGGUACCUGCAGGAGAAAGGGAGUGGUGGCAGGUUCUGUGUGAGGACAUUACCAAAGCCCAGAUUGAGGCCAUAAUGACUGAACUGCUGCAGCUCUAUGACAUGGAAGCCAAAUGUACCUGAGAGGGAACAGAUUGUGAAACAGGCCAUGUAAAGCAGACUACAGCAUAGUCUAGAGUCCUUUUUUUCCCAGAACCAUCCCAUCACCACCUCCCCUGAGACCAGAGAAAGUCUGGAUCAUGGACCAAAUUCCAGAAAUAGUUUUUUCCUUGAUUAUUUGGUGAUCUGAAAUUAUACAGCUGGAUUUUUUCACAGCUAAGGAAGUUGUCAAAGUGCCAAUGCCCACACUAAUAUGAGGUAGGGUAAUGAGGACUGAGAGUGUGAGUCACCAGGUGACAGUCAGAAAAACAGGCUUUGGCCACAGCACAUCAAUCAGUUUCCAAGCUCAUGCCCUACUUUCUUUUCCUCCCUUGUUCCAGUUUCUCUGGGAAGGGAAGAGAGAGUGUGAGAAAAAAGGGGAAAGUGUGAGGGGGAAAAAAGAAUUAAAGAAGAAAUCUAACUAUCCUAGGAGCUAGUCUUUACUGGAGGUAAAGCAACCAAAUCUGGGGCACUGCUUUGAUAUGCUAUAAUUUAAUUACACACUUUCUCUGCCAUUAAAACCUAUCCCUAUGGUUCCCUGAAGUUAUAUUACAGUAUAUUAUAUGACACUGUAAAUUGUGAUUGAGUAAGACAAUUGUGAUUUGAGUUUUGUUCACUCAACUGUUAAGGUAUUUUAAAAACAAAAUGUUAUAAAAGUGGAAAAAUCCAUACCUUUUUGGUUACUUUGGUACGUGUCUCUUUUUCGUGACUCUGAUAUAGUAUUAGUGUCACAUGCACCAUUUCACUCGAGAGCUUUUACUGUGCUAUCAGGUUAUUACAGCAUGCACAAGCAUGCUUGUCCCACAUCAGAGGAAAAAUAAAUGAAGCGAAAGCCAAACUGGGUAAUAAGUUAGUAUUGAAUGAAAUCAGUACAUUUUAAUGUGUAUUAUCAUUCUUAAAGCUGUUGAAACAUGAUGGAGAAAAUUAAAACCUUAUCCUCUUAAUAAUUUUGCAUUAAUCAAACAGAAGUUACAUUUAAGUGGCUAAUAAAGGUACUAUAUUUGUUCUGAUAUUAUAAUCCUUUUAAAUGAGUUGAAACAUUCCCCAUCUCUCUGCAGGCAGGCCCUAAUGCUAGGCGCUAUGAAUUAUGAAGAGGGUACAUGUGCAGCCGGAAUCUCUCCCAUAAAUAAAACAUCAGCAUGGCUCUUGCUAUGGCAUAUAGUGCUUGGAAUAGGAAGGAUGGGAUUGAUUGAGACUAUACCCCUAGCCUGUUUCCUGUUCUUCUGCCUGCAUGCCUUUAUUCCUCAAUUUUCUGGCAUAUAAUCACUGUCCUCUAUUUUUGUCCGCAUUGUAUGCAGUCAAACGCAAUCACUUCUCCCCCUUGUAACUGUAUCUGGUCCGUGCUUCCUUUUGCCUCCUGGGGUCUUUUUCUCUCCAACUCCUUUUUUUUUUCCUACUGUGGGCGCUGUUGCUCUGACUCUCUCAGCCUUUCAGUCCAUCUUACAUUCUAAAUCCUUCCGCCACUUUUCCUGCCUCUCAGGUUUUCUUCCAAUUCCAUCCCAUUUAACCUCUGUACAGCUCUCUUCUCUCCUUUGCUCUCUCUCUUUCUCUCUCUCUCUCUUUAAUAAUUAUAAAUAAGGACACUUUGAACAUAUUGAAAAGGAUUACAAAUACUUGGCUAUUCCCAACCCUCUAUUAGAUCUAUAAGAAGUGUCCCCUUUUCCAGAGCAUGUUCCCUGGAAAAAUGUAUGCUUAAAAGAGAAAAGAGAUGCAUUGUGCAUACAGCAGUAAGGUCAAAGCAUUGUUCUUCAGGAACAAUGGGUCAUUUACUCUUCAAACACAUGGCCAGUCUAUCACCAUGAAAGAUGCAACAUGCACGAUGAUGGGAAGUAGGGAAUUGAUAUGUAAUGUGUGCCAGUGCGGCACAGGCUGUCUGCUCAGGCUUCAGUGGAGGCCUUCUAAAGCCUGCACUGCCUGCUGAGCUAAUGCACAGCUGCUCCCUGAGGAAGUGGCAUCUCCUUUCCAAGCCCUCAACUCUGAAUUAUAAAUACCCAAUUCAGCAGAAACUUUACUCCACCACACAGGCCACACCUCACAAAUGUGUCUGAGGCAAGGUUGUGGUGGAAGAUGGCCUCUGUGUAUGUGUAUGCAGAGCAGGGAGGUUCAUAGGACUGAAGUGUAGGCUGCCACUACUGGAUGGCACACUGGUAAAUGCAGUGGUUUGUAUGAGUAGAGCAGUUGUAGUUAACUCUGUGCUUAGCCUGGCAAUACUAACAAUUUUAGAAACAGAAAUUUUAGAAAAUAUAAAAUUAACUAUAACAGGGAGACCUCAGAUCUUGCACUUUUUGUGUGUUUGUGUUUUUGCUGUGAUCCAUUUAAGAACAUUUGCACAACUGCUUUAUAGGUAUGUGUCUUUGUAUUUGCACAUUUGUAUACAAUUCCUACAGGACACUCUUAAGCAGAUAAAAGCUUCUUCUUGGCCCAAAAGCCCUCCUGCAUUAGACCUAUCAAAUUUGAACCCUGUGGGCGUAUGAAUUUACAUAUUUUUAAAUUGCUUUGGGACAGCUAUUCUCGUGGCAGACAGCCUGACGAGAGGGCAGAUGUGCAUGUUCUGGUGUGAGCCAGUUCAAAUACUACAUGAAAAACUACUUUUUACUACACGUUACAGAAACAUAGAUGUUCUUUUUAAGUAGAUUUUCUUUUAAGUAGGCUGUGUGGUUAAGUACACUCAGUUUCCCUGGGAAUUCCGGCAUAAAACUAACAUUUAAUUUGAUAUCUGUCAUGUCAUGUUGCGUAGCGCAGUAUUGUUAGAUAUAUAUUACCAAAGCCCAGAACCUGUAGAUAGAUGUUUUUGUACUUUUCCAUGUUUUGUAAACUACUUUUUACUUUUCUCGAGUAUAAAGUUUUUUUCUCCAAUAAAUGUCUCCAGACACCCCCCUUA